AUGAACCAGAGGCGGAGCCAUCUGAGGAAAAUGCAGUGCUUCAAGAACUUAGAGAGCUGAAAGACCUCAUGAAGUCUAUAAAAGUGAAACAGAGUCAGAUGGAAAAGACUUUGGUUAGAAUAACCAAACUGCUCGACCCGAAAGACUUUGAAUUGGCAAAGUCUUCCCAUGCUGUUAGUUCAUUGUCAAUAGUACAUUACAAUAGUUUAUCAUUGAAUAGAUAAAUAUGUAGAUUUUUAAACUCUGUCUUUUAUUUCAGGCAAAUGUGACCAAAAUAUGUGCUAAAGCAUAUAUACAACUUGGACGGUUCCAAAAGCCAAAUGAAAGCAAAACUGUUAGUGUCAUAUAAAGCAUUCAUUAAAUUAAUAUAAUUAAAUUUUAUAUUCUAACAUAUCAGCAUUUGCUAGCAAUUUCUGAUUGGGUUACUUCUAUUUAGGAACAACUCCGUCAAGAAUUUUCCAAUUCCCCAUAUGGUUUCACAGUUCAAGAACUCCUUCAUGCCGAGCGUUUUGAGAAGGCGAAGUUCACCUACUGGAGAGCAGAGGAAAGGAGAAGGGUAAAGCAUGCUAUCAAAUGUUUUAAUUUAGCUUAUCGUUAAGUAAAAUCAUUGUUAACAUAAAUUCUACUGUUCAUUUAAUGUAAACCUCGUUUCUGGUGACAUCUUUUAGAUUCUGGCAGUAGGAACUUGGUCUUCUUUAUGACAAGCAUCCACAAGAGAACUGGCAGCCAAGAUCUGUGGCCUUCUCGGGGUCUAAUUUAAUGUGGUACUGGAAACCACUGUUCAACGAAACAUUGCUCUUGUGGUAAGGACCUGACAAUUGACAGACAUUGAUACUGAUACUUUCCAAUGAUUACCCAAUAAACAUAGUUACCAAAAGGUUUAAAAUCUAUUGUGAUAAAGAAGAAAAAUUAGUUUGACCUUCAAUACUUAAUACUGUUUCAUUAUCUACUUUUCAGAAAACAUAUGUUACAGCUGUUGGCAUACACCACUGCGAGAAAGACGAGAAGUUCUGUCUCUCGUUUUAUAAAUGGUCCGAGGACAAAUAUGGAGCCAGAGGACCCACCCAGAUAGACUGGGACAUCAUCCUCGCGGAAGAGCAAUAA